AUGGCGGGGCAGAAAUAGAGAGGGGGAGAGUCGGAAUCUUCGAGAAAAGCAGAGCACCGCUCGUCUUUGCCAUAUAGGUUGCACAACGUGCUCGACCACGUUUGCCGGAUAGAUCGUUUUAAUUCGUAUCUUUGAUAACACGUUUUAAAGCAAUGGCUGCAGUCAGUGCCAUUAAAAGGCUUGUACCUCUCUUCGAUAGAGUUCUUAUACAAAGAGCAGAAGCUGCAACAAAAACAAAAGGUGGUAUCGUCUUACCAGAAAAGGCUCAAGCUAAAGUUUUACAAGGAACAGUUGUAGCAAUAGGACCAGGACAACGAAAUGAGAAAGGAGAACAUAUUCCUCUAACUAUCAAAGUUGGUGAUGUUGUUUUACUGCCAGAAUAUGGUGGAACCAAGGUGGAAUUAGAAGAAAAUAAAGAAUUGCAUUUAUUCCGCGAAUCGGAUAUAUUGGCAAAAUUGGAAGUUUAAAUUUCUGUUAGGUUUAAGUUUAUAAUUUUCCAAAUGCUACAAAUUGUUCCCUAAGAAAUCCAGAGAUAAAAAAUAAGAUGCUAGUUAAUCUUAUGUAUAGUUUAGCGUUUAUCUUUGAGUCAUAAAAUUGUAUUAUUC